GGUCACGUUUGUUUUGGGGUCAAUGAGCCUUAGCCACUGUACGGACUUGGACUGACUAUCCAAGAGUCAAGGAUGUGAUAACUCCAUGAAUGAAAUGUGUGUCUCAAUGUUGCCCUGGGAGCGGAGGGCAGCCUGACAUGCCCAGCGCUGGAGCUGAGGUUGCUCUGAGGCUUGCGAGCAGCCCGGAUCGGCCCCAGUCGUGUCCAGGCUCUAGAGGAGUAACAUGCCUGGAAGUGCUUGGUAGUGCUGGUCACCCGUACUGCAGCGCAAGAGCUCCAGCUUAAUCCUCCUUGCACACUUCUCUCAGAACAUGGGGGAAAACGACGAUGAAAAAUACAGCCAAGCUGGCCAGACAUUUGAGAACUUUGUACAAGCAUCAACAUGCAAAGGUACCAUUCAGGCCUUCAAUAUUCUCACUCGCCAACUUGAAUUAGAUCCUUUGGACAAUAGAAACUUUUACACAAAACUGAAAUCAAGAGUGACGACAUGGAAGGCCAAAGCUUUGUGGAACAAGCUUGAUAAAAGAGCAAGUCACAAAGAGUAUAAACGUGGAAAAUCUUGUAUGAACACUAAGUGUUUAAUUAUAGGUGGUGGCCCGUGUGGUUUGCGGACUGCCAUAGAGCUUGCCCUGCUCGGAGCCAAAGUGGUGGUGGUGGAAAAGCGGGACACCUUCUCCCGGAACAAUGUGCUGCAUCUCUGGCCCUUUACGAUCCACGACCUCCGGGGACUGGGAGCAAAGAAGUUCUAUGGGAAGUUCUGUGCGGGAUCUAUUGAUCACAUCAGUAUUCGACAGCUUCAACUUAUCCUCUUCAAAGUUGCACUAAUGCUAGGAGUUGAAAUCCACGUGAACCUAGAAUUUGUAAAAGUUGUGGAGCCUCCUGAAGAUCAAGAAAACCAAAAGAUCGGCUGGAGGGCGGAAUUUCUGCCAGUGGAUCACCCGCUGUCAGAGUUUGAAUUUGAUGUUAUCAUCGGUGCAGAUGGCCGCAGGAACACACUAGAAGGUUUUAGAAGGAAGGAGUUUCGUGGAAAGCUGGCUAUAGCUAUCACUGCCAAUUUUAUAAACAGAAAUACAACCGCUGAGGCAAAGGUAGAAGAAAUCAGUGGUGUUGCUUUCAUCUUCAAUCAGAAGUUCUUCCAGGAUCUAAAAGAGGAAACGGGAAUUGACCUGGAGAACAUUGUUUACUACAAAGAUAGCACUCACUAUUUCGUGAUGACAGCAAAAAAGCAGAGCCUUUUGGACAAAGGAGUGAUAAUUAAUGACUGUGUUGACACAGAGUUGCUCCUGUGUGCGGAAAACGUGAACCAGAGCAAUUUAUUGUCCUACGCCAGAGAAGCUGCUGACUUUGCAACGAAUUACCAGCUGCCUUCCUUGGAUUAUGCAAUUAAUCACUAUGGGCAACCAGAUGUAGCAAUGUUUGAUUUUACUUCCAUGUAUGCAUCUGAAAACGCGGCACUGGUGAGAGAGAGGCACCGACACCAGCUCCUGGUGGCGCUUGUUGGAGAUAGUUUGCUUGAGCCAUUCUGGCCGAUGGGCACUGGCUGCGCGAGAGGCUUCCUUGCUGCCUUCGACACCGCGUGGAUGGUGAGGAGCUGGGCUCAAGGGAAACCUGCGCUAGAAAUUCUGGCUGAACGAGAGAGCAUUUAUCGACUCUUGCCCCAAACUACCCCUGAAAACAUUACCAAGAACUUUGAGCAGUAUACCAUUGACCCGGGAACGAGAUACCCUAACUUGAACUCGAGCUGCGUUCGACCUCACCAGGUGAGGCACUUAUACGUUACUAAUGAGUUGCAACAAUGUCCUCUUGAAAGAGUAAGCUCCAUCAGAAGAUCAGUGAAUCUAUCCAGGCAAGAGUCGGAUACGCGACCUAACAAGCUUUUGACGUGGUGUCAGAAGCAGACGGAAGGGUACCGCAAUGUGAAUGUCACGGACCUCACCGCCUCCUGGAAGAGUGGUCUGGCGCUGUGCGCCAUCAUCCAUCGCUUCAGGCCUGACCUCAUCGACUUUGACUCCCUGAACGAGGAGGACGUCGUCCGAAACAACCAGCUGGCGUUCGACGUGGCCGAGCGGGAGUUCGGGAUCCCGCCGGUGACCACGGGCCAGGAGGUGGGCUCCGCCGCCGAGCCCGACAAGCUCAGCAUGGUCAUGUACCUCUCCAAGUUCUACGAGCUGUUCCGGGGGGCACCGCUGCGCGCCGUGGAUGCUGGGGACAAGCAGAAUGGAGAGAGCCAUGACCCUUGUUCUGCAAAAUCAUCCAACUUGAUCUUCAAUAAUUACCUCAAUUUAACGUUACCAAGAAAACGAGUACCAAAGGUUGAGAGGAAAGCAGAAGAAAAUGAGACUAACAAAAGACGUCGGAAAGGGCUUUUUGGGGCCUUUGAGGAGGCUUCAGGUUUUUCAAGCCAAGGGUUGAAUUCUGGGAAAGAACCAAGUGACGGUAGAGAAGGUGCCAACCAGAAUAAAGUUAAAUCAAUGGCAACCCAGCUCUUGGCAAAGUUUGAAGAAAAUGCUUCAAGUACAAUUUUUCGGAGACAGGGGUCUCAGCGAAAAGAAUUUCCUCAGUCUAUAGGGGGGAGUGACAUAUGCUAUUUCUGCAAGAAACGGGUCUACGUUAUGGAGCGGCUGAGUGCAGAAGGCCACUUCUUUCACAGGGAGUGCUUUAAGUGUGAAAUAUGCUCCACAACACUCCGCCUAGGAAUUUACGCCUUUGAUGUUGAAGAAGGCAAAUUUUACUGUAAACCUCACUUUACGCACUGCAAAAUCAGUAAUAAACACAGAAAGAGAAGAGCUACAUUACAGGUCCAGGGAAAGGAGACAACAGAAGCGUGGAAGAAGGAGGCCCGUAAAGCCACCGAGGCGGCGCCGGGCGGCGCUUUAGCUCCCGCUAGCAGUCCGGAGGACAGGUCCCCAGGUAUCCUGCCUUCCUUCUUUAGGGGGGCGCUCGCUUGGCCCCUUCGGGUGACACGGGAUCUGCUUGACAUUCCCAGACGCCUCUCUAACUGGAUGCAUGGUUUUCUGCACGCUACCAACCUCCAUUUCAGGGACAAUGCGUAUAACUAUACUUAUUUGUAUGAACUCUUGAGCCUCGGUGUGCCGUUCCUCUGCGCGCUUCUAGAGGUACUUGCUCAUAUGUACCGGGAAGCAGAGCUGUCACUUGAACAUGUGCUUGAGUGGGUGAAAAAAAUCUUUAGAAUUUGAGUCCUUCUGUGUGCCUUGCUCGGUGGUGCCUUUCAGAUUUUCAAAAUUGAAAGCCUUUUUCUUAAGAGAGUGUUUUUGUUUUGUUUUGGAUUUUUUUUUUUUGCAAUUGAUUGUGUAACUUAAAAGAACAAAGGAUUCCUUCUGAUAUAAACUAGAUGCUGUCAAAGUUUUCAAUAUAAAAUGUACUGUAUGUUAAAGCACAUGAAGGGCAGUGUCCAGACACAUUUCCGGAACUUGGAGACUGAUGAAGGAUGUUUUAUAUUUUUCACUUUUUUCUCUUUUUUUUU